CCUCCUCGCGCUUCGUUUCUACAACAUCUCUUGACCUUUUAACCACUUGUUCCGAUAACGCACCUCAUGAUGCCUCCUAGCAAGCUGGGCGUCUUUGCGAACCUGGCGCUGGCCGCCAGCGCCGUGCUCAUUCCUCCUAUGAUGACUUCCGACCUCGGGGACGACAAUGCGCUGGAGACGCUUGCGAUCAACCCAUCUAAGCGAUCAGUCACUCUCGAGUGCCCUGGAUGCGCUUUUGCGACGCAGGAAGGCGAUGCGCUGAAGUGGAAGUCGGACGUAGGAAACGCCUUUCUCCUCGACUUUGGAGUAGGCACUCUCGAACAUUCACUCAAUAUCGACGGUGUUCAGCUAUACCCUCCCUCCUUCAGCUACUUCACAAAACCCUUCCAUGUUACCCAGGUCGAUCCUAACUCCGAAGACGGCCUACGCCUCCGCGUUACGGGAUACCACUUCCGCUACAAUGGCGCCGAGACCGUGUCUGAAGCGGGAACUGAGCUGCUUCCUAUGACAUUCCAAAUCACAUCUGUCGAGGGCACCGCUGUCCAUCCUCCGGAGCUCACCAUCAACUUGCUCAAAGACUCUCAAGGCCGUCUUAUGAUCGCAUCGUUCGAGGCCGCACAGGCUACUGAUGCUAGUCCGGUUGACCAGAAGAAGGAGUGCAAGGAAUGGCCACUGUUAUGCAAGUGGAAGAGCAUCGUAGCGGACAGGGUCGACAAAUUGAAGAAGAUGGGCAAGGGUUGCCACAAGCGACCACACGGACAUGGUCAUCCCAACCCGAUGGAGGACGAGUCGAUCGAGGGCAAGCCUCCGCACCGCUUCCAUCCUGGUAACCCUCAUCACCGCCCCCAUCAUCGUCCUCACCAUAUGGGCCACCACGGACACGGCCACAACGGUCAACGCUUCCAUAUGUUCAUCCGCCGCGCUUUCUUUACUAUUCUUAUUCCGAUUCUCAUUGGUAUCUUCGCCGGUACGCUCACCUACCUCAUUGGUAUGGCGCUAGGUUGCCUCAUCGCCAUUACUAUGGCCAAGGUCCGAGGUCAGAGCUACCAGAGGAUCGCUUUAGAGGAGGAGGCUGUGGAGGAGCCCGAGUUUCGCGACGAGAAGGUAGAGUACGCUGAGCUCCCCGCAUACGACGACCCACCAGUCUAUGAGGAGCCGACGGAGAAGGAAGUCAACGAGGAGACUUCGUAAAUAUUAAAGGCGGAAACGGGAAACUGGCAGGCGCAGUGGGUGGACUAGCUAGCUCCUCGGGACGUUUUGUUAGAUGAGUAGAUUGAGAGGGCACCUUCUGGCACUGUCCUAUGCCUUUGUUUGAUUGAAUAGUAUGCGAAAUGAAUCUUGUUGUAUAAUCUCAACUUUCCUUUUCUCGGAAGUGUAUCAAGGAAUAGUGCCGUCCCUCUCGUCUCACAGAGGACUCAAACAUGUGUGAGGGAGAGGUGGCUGGCAUAAAAGCUCAGGGUGGGCUUGGGGUCGUGGAAAGAUAAGCUUGGGUGAGUAGGGUAAGAGCAGAGGCCGUCUUU